UCUUAGUCACAAGCAUUCUCUAUGCAGGUAAUCCCGGCUUUGCAAGGAUUAUUGAUCAAUGAUUAUUAUAAAAGCAAGUUCACGGCAUAGACCGCGUUACUUAGUGCAAUAUGUUUCGACAGAAAGGACUUUUACUUUUCACCUGCCUGCUGGCGUUUACCAUCAAUUUAACUCUGGCACUUCCAUCCGGAGCACCAUGGACAAACUUUGUAUCCCAACCCGUUUAUUCACGAUCUCUUGGGCCUCCACUAGGAAUGGACACGAUAUCCGUGCCUUACGCGCCGAAAUCUCCGUUAUUCCCGAAAUUUGUCGAUCCGAAGAUGCUCAUUUCUAAGAAAACAGAUAUGCUGAGCAAUUUGUUUGGCGGUAUAGGACCAGUGGCGUAUAAUAUACCAGAUGCUGAGCCGAUCGCAUCAUACGGACCUUUAGCGAACGCGAACGCACUGCUAGACAGUAAAAAAAGUAGCAGUAUGUAUAAACGCGGUAUGUUCGGUCCAUUCACCCCAAAGUUUGGCCCGAUGGGCCCGAAAUUCGGACCCGUAAUGUCGUCUUCAUUGCCAAAAACAUUACCCGAUUACAACACAGCUUCCUUCCGCAAAAAAAGAAGCGUAGUGCCUUCUUUUGCAGACGACACCAAUUCCGUCUUGGACGGUAAAACCGAUUCGGACCCAUCACAGAUAAUAGAAAGUAUGUCGGCGAUAAAAUCAACUGCUGACGACACGCCAAAGGAAUAUCCGCCGGGAAUGUUCGGGCCUUUCGGACCGAGCGGACUCUUCGGAUCAAGUGGAUCUUUCGGACCCGUGGUGGAUCCGAGCGCGUUUAUCGCGAAGAAGUCGGCAUUCCUGGAUACGCUCUUCAAGAAUCUCGCCACCAGCACUCCCGCUAGCGCAACGACCGAUGUACCCGCGCCGAAGAGCACUAUCGUGCCACCCAGUUUCUGGAUACCAUCCUCCGUAAUCCCCAGUCCGACCGAGUACUCCUCGAAGGUGUCAGACUUUCUGGACAAACUGUUCGACAGCUUAAACUUGAACGCAACUGCAGCGCAGGGAGCAGCUGACGGCUCGGACGCAAAAAGCGAUUUUCUGCGGUCUGUAAAAUCCGACGACAUUUCGCCGAAUAAAAUCGCGAGAUCCUUGAACGAUGCGUCAUCCAUCGCAGUUGCCAAAGACGCGAUUGUCGACACGAUAUUGUCGGAGCUCGGCGACCUAAAAAGCGACAUGUUAGAAACUCUGAACGAUUUGAUUACUUACGAAAAGACCGCGGCAGCUGCUGCCUCUACAGCGAAGAAACCCUUCAAACCUUUCGCUGGUGUGUUUCCUUUCGCAAAACCAACAGUGGAUCCGACAUUGCCGUUUAAGCAGAGAAUGGAUGUGCUCAGUCAAGUAUUCGACAUGUUGACGGACUUGCAAAGAAACAUCACUGCGGCCGCGAAGAGUGCGACGACAGCUAGUCCUGAUACUGGCAAUGACUCGGCUUCACCCAAGAUUCCAUUGGAUGCUAGCGGUGCAAUUGGUGCUUCGUCAAUAAACAGUACUCUUUUGAAUGCUGUUCUAAAAAAAAUAUCGGCCAUUGAGAGCGCAAGUCCGGCUUUUUAUCCGGUGAAUCCCAUGAAAGAAAGUCCUAUAACGAGCCGUGCUUUGCCCAAGGAGUCAACGUCCUGGGUGUCUUACUCAAAGAACUUGGCGCCUGCUGAGAAGCGACAAGUGGAUGAUGAUUUGUUGCCUUACUUGGAAUACGAAAACAGCAAUGACCAGCAAAACGACAAUCACAGGCAGUAUACGAGAGGCGUGCAAAUGCAGAUGCAUCAAGGGUAUCAGAGUCUGCCCGCCGGCUCGGUGGAGUCUGUACAAGCUGGAGGAGGUUCUACACCAGGACAUCAGGGAGGUGGAAUCAAGUUGUUGGAGCCUCAUGCUUACGAAAACUUGGACAAAUGGGCUAACUGGAUGCAGUAUCGCAAGGAGGAGAAAGAAGAUCGUAGGCACCAUCAUAACCACCAUUAGGCCAUUUAUCCAGAGCAAGAGUACUUCUUUCGUCGUCUGUUUACAAGAUUAGAUCUCGAACGAAAAAUUUGCUAAAAAUGUUCCCUGAAAUAUAAAUAAACGUGUACGAUUAUUCAUUAUUUCCAAUAAAACAUAUUUGGAAUAAGAAGGUAAA